GGAGGACCUCCCCGACAGGGCGUUGCUUCUGUCCGUUUUACGUGUUAAGUAAGAGGCAGAAGGUGCAAACUCUUCACACUACUGAUACUUUUCGACAUGAAAAAGUCGCUGAGUGUGUCGUCUGAAAGCUCCCUCCCUCCGCUGGAUGAUGAUGUGGACUCGGUCUGCUCCGACGAGCUGCUCGGUUCUCAGGCCCGCAGCUGGCUGUCGGACCUCUUGACCCGGAACGCGCUUCCAGACAACGGGGACGUCAAAUUCGGCCGGGACGGACUGUUCGAGGACGAUCCCUUCCCGCAGGGAGAGCUGGAGAUGCAGCCCGGGGUCAAGUGGAAACGACCAUGGGAGCUCUGUUCGUCCCCUCAGUUCAUAGUUAAUGGAGCUACACGCCUGGACGUCCGCCAGGGAAAGCUCAACGAUUGCUGGUUGCUUUCUGCCAUUGCGUCUCUCUCUGUGCACCCCUCCCUGCUCAAGAAGGUCAUGCCUCUGGGACAGAGUUUCCAAGACGGAUACAACGGCCGCUUCACCUUCAAGUUCUGGCAGUACGGUCUGUGGGAGGAGGUGACGAUAGACGACUUGUUGCCGACUCUGGACAACAAGCUGCUCUACCUCAACUCCCCAGAAAAACACGAAUUCUGGAGCUCCCUGCUGGAGAAGGCCUACGCCAAGAUGAAAGGUGGCUACAGAGCUCUGGACAUGGGCUUCCCUCAUGAGGCCAUGGUCGAUAUGACGGGCGGGGUAGCUGAGGUUUUCAAAAUUGCCUCACUGCCCAGAGAUCUGCCGAACUUCCUCAAACACCUGCUGGCUAAAGGAGCACUCAUCAACUGUGCCAACUGCGAGGGUCCUUUGGAGCAAAGGAAUGGACUAGGAAUCAUGUUCAGACAUGCCUAUUCUCUGACUGCAGUAGAGAAGGUCAAGACGGCACACGGCACAGUAGAUUUGGUACGAAUCCUCAACCCCUGGGGCAGAACGGAGUGGGAGGGUCCGUGGAGUGACAAGACACACAGUCCAGAAUGGAACACAGUGAGUGUCGAGGAGCAGAAAAGACUGGAGAUAGUCAGGCGGGAGGACGGGGAGUUCUGGAUGUUGGUGUCCGACUUCCGACAGAACUUUGAGACAAUGGAGGUGUGUCACCUGACUGACUCUAUUAGCGAUCCAGAGUCCCGCAUGCUGCCGUGGUGCUGUAUCGUUCAUCAUGGGAACUGGGUGCCCAACAUCUCAGCAGGAGGAUCUGCCCAAAGACGUACAUUCUGGCAGAACCCUCAGUUCUACUUCAACCUAUCGGAGGUGGACAGUGGCUCUAAGAAGACCUGCUCCUUCAUUUUGGCUCUGAUGCAGAAAAACCACAGACGUAGGAGAGUUAACCUGAAUAUAGCCCUGCAUAUAUACCAGGCUAAUCCUAAGAACACAUAUCUGUCGCCUGAGGACUUGAGUGCGCGCCCCCCGAUCCUCUACAGCCCCAGUUACUCCUCACAUCGGGAGGUUGUCCUUCGUGGCUCCCUUUCACCCGGUCAUUACAUCAUCAUCCCUUCAACACACGAGCCCAAUCAGCAGGGAGCGUUCCUCCUCCGGGUGCUGAUAGAGAAGGGCAACGAUGCCACUCCAUCCCACAGACCGCCACAAGAGGUCCCUUCAGUAACAGAGCCUAUAUCUCCUCACCAGGCGGCUCUUCCUUCGCAUGAAUCUACCAAACGUCUGUUCAAGAAGCACUGCAACAAGAAGGGGCUUUGCAAACCACUGCACCUCUACAAUCUGCUGACGGAGGCCAUACAGGGAGGAGUGUUGGCCGGCAGUGAGAAGUACUUGUCUCUGGAGCACUGCAAGAGUCUGGUGGUCCUCAUGGAUUUUCAUGGCACCGCUCGGAUGGACUGGCAGGAGUUCAAGUGUCUGUGGGAAAAGAUCAGGAAGUGGACGGAUAUCUUCCUGCUGUUUGACAAGAACAAAACAAAUCGCCUGGAGUAUCGAGAGGUCCGGCCCGCUCUGAAGGAAGCAGGCAUCAUGGUGGAUGAUUUGAUAAUGCAGCUGGUUGGACUGAGAUACACGGAGCCGGACAUGACCAUCAGCUACCCCGGCUUCCUGUACCUGCUGAUGAAACUGGAGACUAUGAUCCACAAAUUCCAAGUGUACGACAUGGUGGGAAUGGGAAGCAUAACUAUUAGCUACAAACAGUGGCUCCACAUGACCAUGUACAACUGACCGGUUCCACUCAGACGGAUUCAUCAGGUUUCGCUUUUUCUAAUCAUUUUCUGUUCUUCUGUUUUUCAUGAUUGUUUAUUUUUUCAUGUAUGAAAAUAGAUGUUGGAGUCUAUGGUUAUGGUUCAUAUAAAGCGGUAUGUAAAUAUGCUUAAUGUUUAAAAAUGACUGUUCGAAGAAUCUGUGUGCUAACGCAUCGCUCGGCCCACCAACUCUCUCCAUCUCCAGAACAUACAUUUAUAUUUGUUCAUAUUGGAGGCAAAACAAAUGAUAACUUUUAACUGGAAGAAGACGGGUGAACCUACAAUUGGAUCAAAAACAUGGCGCAAUGUCAAUUGAGAGAAUAACAUUCCCUGAAUAAAAUAAAUGGGUGUUAAUGAGGGAAUCUGGAAUCCAUCAAAUGAUUUUAUACAUUUUAGUUUGUUAAUGAAAAGUCCAUAAAGACAUUGUUAAUGAAUAAAACACUAAGCCUUCAUAUGCCGUUUAUGUUUCCUCUUGUGUGUCGUCAUCCUAUAGUCAAAGAGUAACAAUGGAAAUAUCUUUAAGAACUCUCUUCAGUCAUGGAAACAUCCAGGGUCAAAGGUCAAUGCAAGAUGGGCUGCUCUGAGCAAAAGAGAAGUUUAUGAUUCAUUGUGUUGGUGACUCGGUGUAACUAAGAUCCCAUUAUUAGUAUGAAAGAUUUAAAAUGUUGACAUGAAAACAAACUAAAUGAAGAAAUAAACUACCCUCUUUAAUUAUGACCCAUGAAUACAAAAUGAUCCAUUUAUCAGACUGGUUGAUUCUAACUCACGCUGAUACAUAUUGAACUCAUAACUUCGGUUCGGGCUUUGUUUCAACAAACUGUAAUAAUGCAUUAAUAAA